AUGUAUAAACAGGUGUCUUUGAACUAUUACAAAACAGCUUCUCUGUGGAAAUUUGCUCCAAGAAACGUUGUGAAAUUCCUACAGAAUAACAAUUCAACAUUCAACAACCACAAAUUGGCCAUUACCCCACAGAAUUAUCGCAAGCACAGACGCCUGAAUACCUUUUUCAGAAUUGUUUCUACCAGCAAAGAUCGCAAGGGCGUUGAAUUUAUUUCAACUUUGGAAGGUAAGCAUUACCCAGUCUACCUUCUCCACUGGCACCCGGCUAAAUCUCAGUUUGAAUGGCGCAGAUAUCUGGACAUAAAUCACUCGCUUGCAGAUGUUGUGGCAGGCCAGUAUUUCGCAAAUUUCCUCGUUCAAAAAGCGCGCCACAGUACUCAUCGAUUCUCCAGUGAAGAGGAAGAGAGAGCAUCUUUGAUUUAUAACUACAAACCAACUGAUGUACAAGACUACUUGCCUUUCGUACAAGCUUACUUUUUUUAAGGUCACUUAACGACUUGCAGGAAUCCUGUUUUGAAAAGAACACUUCAACGAACACAAGGCGACUUAACCGAACCGCAACUACCUCCAAAAAAACUUAACAAAACCUUCUUCCUAUCUAUGUGUUUUUUCCACAUAGGUUAAACAAUACUACAGCCUACAGAGAAUAUGAAUUUGUGAAAUGCUUAUAACGUAAUUAUUCAUUUCUAUUUUCCCUGAUUCUGGCUGAAACGGCUUUUAUAAAAUUAAGU